AUGACAGGACGGAAGGGAAUGGGGGAAAAUAGGUCUGUUGCGCUACCUCUUCCGCCUCGGAUUGACCCGUCGGAAGAACAUUACCCUUUCUGCAUUGUAUGGACACCCAUUCCUGUUCUUUCAUGGAUUUUUCCUUUUAUUGGGCAUGUAGGAAUUUGCGACUCUGCUGGACGUAUUCAUGACUUUGAGGGUCCGUAUCAUAUUGGCGUGGAUAAAAUGCUUUUUGGCAACCCGGCAAAAUAUUGGAAUAUUUCUAGAAUGUAUGUUCCAACGUUUUACUGUCCUCAGGGCGAGAACCCGCGAACGACGGAGGAGACGUGUCGACGGGAAGUGGAGGAAUACGACGCCGCAGUGGAACGCGUUACGAAGCAUUUUAGGAAAACCCAGUUGUACAACCUUUUUACAAAUAACUGCCACUCUUAUGUGGCCUGCGUGCUGAGGGACCAUCCUCUCACCGCCGCGGGUUCGUUUAGUGUGUUUCAAGUCGCCUGGGGGCUUCUCAUCCACGGUCGUUAUGUGUCCGCCGGUCGUUUUUUUAGGGCACACUUUCCCUUUUUCCUUUUGGUGGUCGCAGUCGUUCUUUUUUGUGCGACACUUACUUGA